UUAAGGCAGUGUCUUGGCAUUAGCUGCAUUUCGAAGAACCCAUACUAUGAAACCAUAAAGCUGGUCUAUCCUAAAGUCACGGAGAUUUUGAAUGGUAUGUGUGAUGAAGAGAAAGAAAGGAUGAAAGAAAUGAGCAAUGGCGAGUUGGGCAGUUGGAAGAGGGCAGUGGUGACAUCGGAUGGUGUAUGGCAUACAAGGGGCCAUUUCAGCAAAAAUGGCUCCUUUAUCAUUAAGAAUUACUUGACAGGUGGUUUGCUGUGGUAUGGCCAUAAGUGUAUGCGGGGUAAAGAUGGUGUUUUGGAGGAUGAAUUGUUUGAGGGGACGGCCAAGUCCAUGGAGGGCAUACUUGCAGAGGAGUGCUAC